GGUCUCUCCCUCACGAUAGCACAACUCAAUGUCAAUUCUCUGUUCGUUCAGGAAACACGUCGCAUCUCAAUUAAUCAUCUCGUCGACGCAUCGCAAAAUGGCCAGCUCGGUCCCCACCAACAACGUCAUAAAAUCUUACCCACAGGGCACGAUAGAGCUAGCCCAACACAACGAUCUUGCCAGCAUACACGAUCUCAUCACCACAGCCUAUACGCCUUACAUCGCUCGACUUGAAGGCAGGAAGCCAGCGCCAAUGACUGCAGACUAUGCUUCUCUGGUCACAGAUUCGUCACUCUAUAUCCUUCGUCCUGCUGCCUCUCCUUCCACAAUUGCGGGAUGCAUAUCGCUCGCGCUGACUGAAGGAGGUGACGCUUUGGAGGUCAACAACCUAGCUGUUUCUCCGGCAGCGCAGGGCAAAGGGUAUGGUAAAGUCUUCAUGGCUUUUUCAGAAGAGCUUGCAAAGGACAAAGGCAUCAACAAGCUAGAACUCUACACCAAUGUCAAGAUGGUGGAGAAUCUGGCAUUGUAUAAGAAACUAGGGUAUCAAGAGUUGGGAAGGUGGAGUGAGGACGGUUUUGAAAGAGUGUUCUUCAGGAAGGAAGUCUGGUAGAUGGUCUUGAUUUUCGUCAAAGUCUUCGCUUAAUGGUCAAUUCAUUGUCAAGUUCAUCAUGUUUG